ACGCUGGACCCGAUUUCCAGCAGGUGCUGCUCCCCACCAAUAGAUGGAGCUCCCCCUCUUACGGGGUGCUAGAGGUGACUUCUCAUCCCGAUCCCGUUCCCAAGAGGGCACCGUCGCGCCGACCAACAAACAGAACAGCAAGCAGCAGAACGCGAACGGUGUGAAGGCAGGAGCUCAGGCACAACAAGACGAUCAGGAUUGCAAUCAGCAAGUACUGCUAAGAAGCAGAUGGGCAGCCGCGUGGCCAGGCACACGUGCCAAGACAUUGACGACAACACCUGGAGCCUCAGAAGGGGAAGCAGGGAGCAGUCAGCGGAGUCAAGCAGCGACUCAAUUUGAAAGAGGGCGGAAUGACACUGGGCCUCGCUCCACUACUCUUGAAAUGUGCAAAACGAGAGGGAAGGAGGAGGAGGAAGGGGAAGAGGAUCCGCUGGAGGAGGAGGAGGAAGGGGAAGAGGAUCCGCUGGAGGAGGAGGAGGAUGGGGCACAGGAGGAAGAGGAGGAGGAGGCAAAGCAGGAGGAACGGGGGGAGGAGGAGGAGGAGCAGGUGGGGGAGGGGGACGAGGAGGAGGAGGAGGAGGAGGAGGAGGAGGAGGACGAGGAGGAGAAAGAGCCCCAGGAGGAAGAGGAGGAGGAGGCAGAGGAGGAACAAGAGGAGGAGAAGGAUGACGAGGAGGAGGAGGAGGAGGCAGAGGAGGAAGAGGAGGAGGAGGACUGUCUCUUAUACACAUCUAGAUGUGUAUAAGAGAAUGAUGUAUGUUUGGUCUGCGUUGCAACAUUGAU